AAACCCUACAAAUAAUCGCAAGAGUGAGCAUCGUAUUGUGAGAAAUGACGAGAGCUUACACAUUAAAGGGGAAAAAGAGAAAGAACAAGGACGCAGCCACAAAACACGACCAUGAACAAGAAGAAGAAGAAGAACAACAACAACAACAAAUCGAACCAACACCGAAGAAACCAAAUCUUCAUAACGAUGAACCAAGUGCGCCAACAGAGGAAUCUGAACUUCCUGGUAUUCCAAUUGCUCCUUUGAAUGAAAAGAACAGUGAGAAACAAGGUGUUAUAUUCAUUCUCGAAAAAGCUUCUUUAGAAGUCGCUAAAGUUGGCAAGACGUAUCAGCUGUUGAACUCUGAUGAACAUUCUAAUUUCCUACGCAAACAUAGCAAGAAUCCUGGUGAUUACAGGCCUGACAUUUGUCAUCAGGCACUUCUAUCUAUUUUAGAUAGCCCAGUAAAUAAAGCUGGGAGGUUGAAAAUGGUAUACAUAAGGACUGAAAAAGGCGUUCUUAUAGAGGUUAAGCCCUAUGUUCGUAUUCCAAGAACAUUCAAACGGUUUGCUGGUGUCAUGUUAGAACUGCUUCAGAAAUUGAGUAUAACUGCUGCUGGAAAACGUGAGAAACUUCUCCGCACGAUCAAAAACCCCGUAACCCAAUAUUUGCCCGUCAACUCUCGAAAAACAGGUUUAUCUUAUAGUUCAGAGAAGCUGGUAGACAUGAACAACUAUUUGUCAACAAUUCCAAGCAAUCAGGACCUUGUCUUUGUGGUAGGAGCAAUGGCACAUGGGAAGGUUGAGACAGAUUACACGGAAGAUUAUAUAGCUGUUUCUGGUUACCCUUUAAGUGCUGCUUAUUGUAUUACAAGGAUUACUAAUGCCAUUGAGGGAAAGUGGAACAUAUUGUGAUUUAGCUUCUUCUAUUUAUACUGGAUGGGACCAUAUAUUCGUUUGAGUUGCACAUUCAGUUUAUGUAAUAUCGGGGUUGUUUUUUUUGGGCAACUUCCUAGUUUAAAUUGUCUCUAUGUUGCUCUACAUCAUAGGAUUUUGUAACUUUCUAAGUUAUCUCUCUGUUUUUCUACAUCAUAGGAACUCUUGUUCUCUAAUUGGUAUGGAAGCAUUUUAUGACAAAUUUUAUGGUUUCUACAAAAA